AUGAACAUACAUAUUUCCCUUAUUUUCUUAAUAAUAUAUUAUGCUUGUGAUAUUAGCACAGCCUUUAAAAUGAAACCAAAAAUUAACACACCAUUUUCUAAUGGAUCUAAAAAAAGCACGCAAAUAAGGACUGCACAAAUUUAUAGUACCUUAGAGAAGGUGAAUGCUGAUUUAAAAAACCUGGACAUAAUAAAAAAGUGGAGAGACAAUUACCACUUGCGGAUUGUUUUAAAUUCUUACUUUUCUGACCAUCUGCAAAAGGCAGUUUUAAAUAUCAAGGAAAAAGUUUGUCAGUAUCCACAGUUCAUUGUUGCGGGUCCUAUUCCGAUAAAAACAAUAAAAAAGAGAUUCACGUUCCUGAGAUCACCGCACGUCGACAAAGACAGUAGAGAACAAUUUGAAAUAAAACAGUAUGGUUGUAAAUUAGACAUUUUUUUAAAUUCAUCUGUUAGUUUGAAGGACUGUGAGUUUUCCAAUUUCUUAUCAGUAAAGUUGCCUAGAUUCGUCGGCUUUGAAUACUACUUCGAGGAAAAUUAUAGAGGAUUAAAAAAAGAUGAAUUAAAGAAUUUGAAAAAAAGAAGAAAACAUGUUAGCAAAUAUUACACAAAUUUAUUGAACGCACAGGAGAAGAAAAAGUACGUAGAUCUGUUACUUGAGAACUCCAAAUAUAUGAAUGUAAGAUUGCCAAGAAAUUUUUAUGAUUUGUACAAGUUUCCCUUGGAUAUAAUAAAGCAUUAUUAUAAAAAAACUAUGGAAAAGAAAAAAUGGUACCACGAAAAUGAAGAGUUAAUGAAAAAAAUAGAAUCUCUCUCCUAUGACUAG